GUCAGCCUCUUUAAUAAAGCACAUCUUCAGUACUUCAUCACAUUCAUUCUACCUGUGCAGAGAGGACACUUGGGUGUGCACACAUGGCGACCAACACAGGACAUGUGGGCUACCUGCCCCGCGGAGGGGCAAUAUUCUGCACCAUACCCGACAUCCUCUACCUUCCAGAACUUAUCUUUGGCGGUUUGGUGUUGAGCCUGGUUGCAUCUACGUACAUCCUGCCUUACAACCCCCAGGCAUACGUGAUCUCUGUGGCAAUUUUCUGUUUCCUCGUGACGUUCUUCUGGUUGCUGGUCUUCGCCUGUGGGUCUCAUCACAACAAAAGCUCUUGGGCAAGCGCGGAUGUGGCGUACCAUGGAUUUGCAGCCCUCCUCUAUUUCAGUGCUUCUGUGCUUCUAGCUUUUAUAACCAUUUUUUGGGAGGCAGCAGCUGGCAGGGACACACUUAUUUACAAGCUGGACGUAGCUGCUGUGGUGUUUGCCUUUUUAACCACUUUACUGUAUGUCAUCCACACCGUUUUCUCAGCCAUCAGAUGGAGAUCCUUCUAGAACGUCUGCCUUUACUCAUCUGACGUCACAUAUAAUUGUUGAACUGCAUCUGUAAGCAAUGUUAUGUUUACACAAAAACAAAUGGCAUUUAGCAUUCGUGCAUCAAUAAUGAUUCCUGUGAUAAAACUCUUUUCAUGUUCUCCUAUUAACUGUUUUUUUUUUUUUUUU